AUAUACAGCUAGAGGGAUAGGGAUAGAGAUAGAGAGGACAAGCAACAAGAAGCACAAGUUGAGAUUUAGUAGUUGCAAGUGGAGGAGAGAAAUUCUUGUGUUAUCUCUUCCUCUUUUUCUCUUUCAAAUUUUUUGGGGUCCUUCCUUUUUCUUUCUUUUUAUAAAUACUUGAUUAAUCGGUCUCUGGUUCUUCAAUGGCUGCUUCCUGGGUCUUAUCAGAAUGCGGCCUGAGUCCUCUCCCCAGAAUUUACCCUCAACCCAGAACUGGCUUUGCAUCAAAGAACACCAAUCUUCUCAAGCUCAGACCAUUACCAGUUUCAACAAGCCACAACCUCGGUUCUUCUUUUAAGGUUUCAAGUUGGUCCAAACAGAGGAACUGGGCAUUAAAUGUUGCAGCUCCUGUAAAUGUUACUACUGUGAGCAGAGAGGAGGAUGAAGAAAGAGAGGAAAUUAAUGGAGUUGAUGAUACAGAACGUGAAUUCUUUGACCCUGGUUCUCCCCCACCUUUUAAAUUGGCUGAUAUAAGAGCAGCCAUACCAAAACAUUGUUGGGUUAAAGAUCCAUGGAGAUCUAUGAGCUAUGUUGUGAGAGAUGUGGCUGUGGUUUUUGGAUUGGCUGCUAUUGCUGCUUAUUUUAACAAUUGGGUUGUUUGGCCUCUUUACUGGUUUUGUCAAGGGACGAUGUUUUGGGCUCUUUUUGUUCUUGGCCAUGAUUGUGGUCAUGGGAGCUUUUCAAAUAAUGCAAAGCUGAACAGUGUGAUGGGUCAUCUCCUUCAUUCUUCAAUCCUUGUUCCUUACCAUGGAUGGAGAAUUAGCCACAGAACCCAUCAUCAAAACCAUGGACAUGUUGAAAAUGAUGAAUCAUGGCAUCCAUUGUCUGAAAAAAUCUUCAGAAGCUUGGAUAAUGCUACAAAGAUGUUGAGAUUCACUUUGCCUUUCCCCAUGCUUGCCUACCCUUUCUAUCUGUGGAGUAGAAGCCCUGGAAAAAAGGGUUCUCAUUUUCAUCCAGACAGUGAUUUGUUUGUCCCAAAUGAGAGAAAAGGCAUUGUUACCUCAACAGCCUGUUGGACAGCAAUGGCUGCAUUACUUGUGUGCUUAAACUUUGUAAUGGGUCCUGUCCAAAUGCUUAAACUCUAUGGCAUCCCUUAUUGGAUUUUUGUCAUGUGGUUGGACUUUGUGACCUAUUUGCAUCACCAUGGCCAUGAGGACAAACUUCCCUGGUACCGCGGAAAGGAAUGGAGUUAUCUGAGAGGAGGGCUUACAACUCUUGAUAGAGACUAUGGAUGGAUAAACAACAUCCACCAUGAUAUUGGAACUCAUGUGAUUCAUCAUCUCUUCCCUCAAAUCCCACACUAUCACUUAAUAGAAGCAACUGAAGCAGCUAAGCCUGUGUUAGGCAAAUAUUACCGGGAACCGAAGAAAUCUGGACCUCUGCCAUUUCACUUGCUGGGAAGUCUUAUAAGGAGCAUGAAACAAGAUCACUAUGUAAGUGAUACUGGAGAUGUUGUGUAUUAUCAAACAGAUUCUAAUCUGUUUGGAGGUGAGAAAAAAGAGUGAAGCUGCUUAAGUAUUUUUUUUUUGUGUCACAAGUAAAAGCAUUACAAGCCUAGAUUCUUUGUAACCAGUGAUUUCAACUUCUGACAACAGCAAGAUAUUGCAUUAGAGCCACUGGGGACAGCCAUUCUGCCCCACAUAAUGUAUUGUUUCUGGUUCGUAUUUGAUAAGAGAGAUUGCAGAUAGAUAAUGUUAGCCAAUUAUGUUGUAAUAUGGGCACAAAAGGGCUCACCAUAUUAUGUGUUUUAUGACAAAAUCUCAAUCUUUCAA